AUGGAUCGGGGCUAUAAAAGCACUUGGCCAACGGGCAGAUGUCAGUUAGUUUCGUUUCAAGCGUCACUGAGAUCACAGAAGCCAACAUGAAGUUCGCCGUCGUCGUAGUCCUGUUCGCUUUGGCCUGGGGUGUCAACAGUUCGGUGGUGCCGCUCCUGACCUCCGCCCACGGUUUGGUGGUCGGUGCUCCCGCCGUCGCCGGUUCGGUGGCCAUCCAGGCAUCAGCGGUUCCCGCCGCCGUUCCGCUGGCCCUGUCCCCGGCCGGACCCGUACUCAUCCAGUCUGGACCAGCGGUGGUUUCCGCUCCUGUUCCCACCGUGCUGUCCGCUCCUGCUGUGGUUGCUGCCCCCGCACCCGCCGUGGUGGCCGUCGCUGCUCCGGAGGCCAGCUAUGUGGCCAAGACCCGUGGUGCUGUCCACGUGGCUCCUCUGCCCGGACACGUGCAGUCCGCUGCCUCCGUGAACCUGGAACCCGCACCAGGCACCUGGUAAACACCUGAAAGGACCCCUGGAUUACCCCACCUCGAUCCUGACCGCCACUGGCUCGCAUCUUUACCACUUUUUUGGUUUCUUAAGUUCCCGAAAGGUCUUUACACUCUUGAGAUCCCCGUGGGGUCUCGUUUCUUCAGCAUUCUAAGUCAAUCCUAUCCAGUCAUUCGCCUUCCGCUAUACUCUCUGGCCUGUAUUUAUCCACCCCG